CAGCAUACUGUCACGUUAACGCUGUGAAGGCUACAGCCACGAUGGCAGUUUUGAUACUCAAUCCAGACAAGUUUUCAGAGCUCUCAUCACCGGAAACUUAUCUUUAAAGGACGAAAGCAGUCAGUGUGGCGCGCUCACGGCUCGAUCUCGCAUGAUUUACAUGCAGGAUGUCAGUGUUGCUGAAAAGCCGGUAAGAUAGUGCAAAGUGAGUUUGCUUACGAGAGCUGCCUAUUCAGCAUCACACAAAGGGAUCUACCGAGUUCAAUGGUCUACUGUCAUUGGGUUUGAAUGUCAUAAAGAAACAACUUCUACUCUUCAACGAAAUGGAUCACUUCGCAGCAGAGUGCCUUGUGUCAAUGUCCAGCCAAGCAAUUGUCCACGGUCCAAAAGGGAAUAGAGAGAUCAAGCCCGAAACUGCGGCUGCACAGAGGAAUGGAGAAGAAACCAAGGAGCCUUUGAAAGACAACUCAUCUCUUUUUGUGGUGGCGAGAAUUUUGGCGGAUUUUAAUCAACAGACCCCCACCAAUUUUGCCGAGCAGGCAAAAAUAAAGGAGGAGAGCACGCCACCAACAGCAACCCUGACCAGAGAUGAUGGGAACUCUGCCACACCUACCACCACCAUCACCGGCGACUCUGCUCUUAAACAAAGAAGCAAACGAUCUAGGGGUCGAAUUGAACAAGAACCCCCACAGAAAAAGCACAAAUGCCACUAUUCAGGUUGUGAAAAAGUUUAUGGCAAAUCGUCCCAUCUCAAAGCCCACCUAAGGACACACACAGGAGAGCGCCCCUUUCCCUGCACCUGGCCUGACUGCAGUAAGAAGUUCGCUCGCUCUGAUGAGCUGGCACGGCACUAUCGCACCCACACGGGCGAGAAGAAGUUCGGCUGCCCCCUGUGCGACAAGCGAUUCAUGCGGAGCGACCACCUGAUGAAACACGCACGCCGUCACUCCGACUUCCAGCCGGCCAUGCUGAAGAGGCAGCAUGGCGGUGGCAAUGCCACCGUCUCGAGCAGCACGCGCCCCGGCUCCCUCAGCGAUUACAGUCGAUCCGACGCCUCAAGCCCCACCCUUAGCCCCACCCUCAGCCCAGCCAACUCGCCUUAACCUGGCCGCACUUUCUUCCCACGGUGCCUGGGUCUCCAGGCUCAUUUUUAAAAUUCUUCUCUAUCCAUCAUUUUUUUCCCUAAAAAAUUUAGCGGCAUAAUAAGCGCCAUGCUAUACCCUGUCGCUUGCUGUGGUGUACUGUACUGUACAUAACUGCUUCUUGUAGUGCAAUUUUCUUGUGCAACCCCUAAAAGAGAAAAAAAACACAAAAAAGAAAAUGCCUUUUCCACAUGGCAAUAUUUACAUGAUGUACCAUAUGUCUGUAUUUUUAUAGCUUCUGGCCACAGCCUCUUUCCAUUAUGGGUUUUUGUUGCUUUCAUAUACAACCGCUCUGUUCAAAUGAACUAAAAAGUUGAAAGGUUUGACAGGUAAAGAAGUUUCUUUUUAUUUAAAACGGGUGAGGGAGAGGGGCACACAUACACCUCAGGAUUCAGAACAGUUUUUUUCUCCUUUAAUACUCACAUUGACUGCACAAUACAAGCAUCACUUUACUCAGAAAUUCAACAGAGGUUGAAUUUUGCGCCCUGCUCAGGGAUGGCCUCAUUAGCUUGAAAGAAUGAACACGAUGAAGAGAAACAUACGUUACAAACAGCCUUACACUUGGACAAAAGGAAACUUUGCACUUUUUUUUUUUGAGUUGGUUGGUUGAUUGGUUGGUUUUCACAUCAGGGGAAGCAAAUUCUGGGUUUUAACAGUCAUUCAUUCUCUUUAUUAAAUUUUUUUUUUUUGUAAAUCAGUCUUUUAACGAGAGUGGCAGAACCACUCAGCAGAUACUAAGGAUUGAGGGGGGAAAUUCUGUCUUGAGACUGGAAAUUACUUUAUUUUCAACACUGCUAUCUCCCGCUAACCCUGUAGUCACACAGAGCUGUGUUGGCCUGGGUCCAUGAUUCAAAGGGAAUCCUCUCAAUAUAGCAUGAAUGUCAUUAUCAGUCCACUUUUACAUGCUUGAGCCACCCAAUGAGGAGAACAGACAGCACCACUUCUCUCGGUGGACUAAACUAAACUCCCCUUGAAAAUUUGGAGGCUGAAGUUUCAAAGCAGCUGUUUCCUCAAUAAAAACAGCACAUUCAUCAACUUCAGGGUUUUUCACUUCAGUACGACACAUUCAAAGGGACUUGUCUGGACGUACGCCUACUUCAGACUCAAAUAAAGACAAAAAGCACAUGAGCAGAAUCCACCAAAGACCAAGGUGUGAACGAGAGAACAGAGAGGUUUUUUUUAUUCUACCCAGAGGAAGGAGGGAGGGAGGGAUGUUGGCAUUCUCUCAGGUAACAGCAGAAGUCCUGGCCCUCUGCCCUCCGCAGAGCUCCAUCUGCAGAGGCCUUCCACUUAGGAAAUAGCAUCAUCCUACACAGGGCUAUUCAUAGCACACUAGCCAGGGAGACGAGAGCCAUUACAGCGGAGCUUUACGCACUCUGUCUCGCUCACUCUAUCUGACAAGAAGGAGUGGGCGUAUGAAAGAGAUAGAUGGAGGGCCAAAGCAAAGUUUAAAAGAAAGAGAUAUCAGAUCUACACACCGUGUCAUAACCAGGCACCAUGCAGCAAAUAGUAAAGUGACAAUAUUGCAGCCAUAUUUGAAGCUUAAUAUACGGCUAUGUGAAGCUGGAAUUUGGACCAGUGAGAUUGGACUGUGGGCAGAGUUACCCAGCAAAACAAACAAAAAUCAAAACCAUUUGGUUUACAAAAUAUUUUGUCAGUUAUCACUUGUCAUUGCACCUGGUUAAGACUAGUGGUUGACCGAUAUGAGACCGAUAUGCAACUGAUGUAAUACCAAUAUUUUCAUUAUAAAAUUUAAUGACCGAAAUGAUAAAUUAAUGAUAAUUUUAACAAAUUUCAGUUAAAUAAUUAGUCUGAAAUACCGGUUGUUGGCCGAUACUUGUAAUCUCAAAAUGGAUAAAUAUUGGCUUGAAUAAUCGGCCUGGGCUGCAUUUUCCAAAAGCAUCGUAAGGCUAAGUACGUCUUACAGAUCAUUGGUGCUUGGGAUGCUUUUUGGAAACGUAGCCCUGAACAAAAUAUCGGUCAUUAAAAUGCUGUUAUCUACCAAUACCGAUAAUCAAAAUGACUAAUUAAUGGGCCUUGCUGAUAUAUUGGUCUGUCAGACACUGUCAUCAACCGAUACAGUUAUUUGUGAAAUGGCCAGAUAUCAGCAGAUUAACCAGCCCUGCCGAUUUAUCGGUCGACCACUAGUUAGGACAUGGAUUUACAACUCAUUGUGAACAAGAUUGUCAGAGUUUGUAUCAUCAGGGUUGUUUCACUUUGUGGUGAAGAGAGCAACGGGCCUCCAUGAGAACAAAGAGCACUAUCUACAGGAGGCAGGAAAGAGGGGGUUGGCCCAUAGCGAGACAGAUAAAGACUGAGGCUUUAUCAGGAGCUGAGCACUCCAGCAGAAGAAACACCCAGUCAGCUCCCUCUCUCUCAUACAUGGAAACCUCCCUCCCCUCUGCACUACUACUCCCCUCUCACCCGCCAACAGCAUCCCACAAUGCAUUGCAGGAGCUUAAAGAGGGAAAAUGGCCUUGUCUGAUUGGAUAGCAUCCAAGCAGCCGGCCAGGGGGGUUGUAACAGAGGAAGUUGAGGCCCAAAUCAUAACGGCUCACAGACAAUAGGCAUGAUGUGGUAUCAAAUCAGAGUUGAGCAUGUUGGGAAUUUUUAAAAUGAGAUGUUAUCAGUAUUUUUUCCCCAGUUUGGCACUGUCGACUACUUCUCAGACAAGAUCAGUCGCUCUUUCUUUAAAUGUCUGUACUUUUUCCACAAGCACAGGGAAACGCUCGCACAUCCUUUUUUGUUUUACUGUUGCGGACCACUGAUUUGUCAGUGUGACCACUCAUUACCUCAAUGAACAGCUGCUUUCAAACUUGACUCUCGUUAAAAAGGGGGCUUUAGGCAUUACUACUCGAUUUGUACAUAAUCAUACAUAUCAAGUGAACAAUGAAUUUACCGUCUUUUGUUGCUUCAGCCUGCGAGGAUGAAGGGUUACCGUGAGAAACUGUCGACUGGGCCUUACUCGCUCAGGCGAAAGGCAUACAAGUCCCUCCAGGAACUGAGGCACCGCUAUCAAAACUACUGUGGCACUGCCUCAUCCACUGUCUCACUUUCCCAUACGCGCAAUGUUCCUAAAGUGACACUUUAGUAUAAAUUUUCCAAACUUUCUGUGACAGUUUUUCACUUUAUAUUCAUAAGCUUAUUAUUCAACACCAGCCAUCUUGUCUCGUCUCAUAUUAUCUUGCAUGUUUUCCUUGCCCACCCUCCAUGCCCAGUGUGGAGAAACCAGCAUAAGAGUCGCCCAGCUGGACGAGCGUUCCAGGGCUUGAGGAGCAGGUGGGGAGGCCUGUGAAUGCCAGGCCUUGUCCCCCCUUUAUCCUUUCUAACAGCCCCCAUCCCCCUCCUAUGGGCCUCUCUCAUAGCCCUUAAAAAAAAAAAUCCACAUAAUCAUGGCUUUCAG